AUGGCGGAUCCUGGCAGCUCAGAGAACACAGGCCACAUGGCAUCGUUACCGGAGGGAGUAACAGAAGCAGGUCAGAAGCUUUUGUCCGACGUGGAGGCCGUGAUGGAACGAUGCAAGGCGCUGCAGGAAACAGCGGCCGGGUAUAGCCAGCGACUCAAGAGCGAAGGCGACGCUCUCGGCGAGCGUGCGAUCGCGCUCGAGAAGGAGCUUCGCGCGCUGCGAAAGAGCGUGAACGUCGCAGCGGCGAAAGACGAGAUGGAGGAGGAUAUGGUACGAGCCAGGAGAGCAUGGCGCACUGAGUGCUCUGUUACUCCCCUUCCUCCCCCCCUCCCCUCCCCCCACACUCCCCGCUCACCCAUGCGAUGGAACGCUCAGAUGGAGGAAGAUCUGAUGGAGGAAGAUCUGGUGCGAGCGAGGAGCAUGGUGUACGAGGGGGAUAUAGCAGCGCUGCUGCCACACAAAGCCAACGGAUUCUUCCUGUGGCUGUUCCUGGGGCAUGUGAACGUGCGCUCGUCUCGCAGGGACGUGAGGUUCAAGGUCAAGGAGGAGUACAACAGCUACAGGGAUCGCACGGCGCUCAUCUUUCUCGGCGCGCCGCUGCUGCUGCUGGCAGCCAAGCAGGCCAUGAACCAGCGGUGCCUGCCAGGCCUCGUGGUGCACGUGUACCAGGCGUGGCUGCUGCUGUUCUACACGAGCCUGGCUCUGCGGGAAAACAUCCUCCGCAUCAAUGGCAGUGACAUCCGCCCCUGGUGGAUCUACCACCACUACUACGCCAUGCUCAUGGCCCUCCUGAGCCUCACAUGGGGCAUUGAGGGGCCGGACUGUGCAAUGAAACAGCAAGGUAUCAUGCUCUUCCUCAUGUGGGCGGUCAUCCAAGGCGUUGCCAUGCUGCUGCAGAACCGCUACCAGCGCCGCCGCCUCUACACCAGAAUAGCAUUGGGGAAGGCAGGGCAGAUGGAUGUGGUGUGGGGGGAGACAGCCGGCAUGAAGGGGCAGCUCGUGCUGCUCUACCCGCUGCUCUUCAUUCUCCAGUUCUUCCAGCUCUAUAUCGGGGUGCGCCUGCUCCGCACAUCACUCUACGAAAUGUUCGAGUGGCAGCUUUUUGCAUGUGGCAUUCUCCUUAUAGUUAUGGCAGUUGGUAACUUCACCAACACUGUAGCUACUGUGGCCACUAAGCUUACCAUCAAAGCCAAGAUGCGCAAGAAGGGCGGAGGAUCCAAGUCCCAAGAUUCCAACAAGGCGUCUGCUUCUCCUCACAAAGCAGACUAA